UGGCGGGAAAUUUCUUUUUGUUCGUGUCCGCUCUGGAAGUAAUGUUUUGGUUGAGUUUUGGCUGAAUAUUUUCGCGGUGAUCAUGCCAUCUCCAGAAGCCAGUGGUGAUUUAAGCGAUGUAGCUAGCCGGUACAUUCAUUUACUGCAGCCGAUCCGUGAUCUGACAAAGAACUGGGACAUAGAUGUUGCCGCUCAACUAGAGGAAUACUUGGCUGAGAUCGAAAAGAUCAAAAUAUCUUUUGAUGGAGGGAAGACCACCAUGAAUUUUGCUGAAGCAGCGCUUCUUAUCCAAGGAUCAGCUUGCAUCUACAGCAGGAAGGUGGAAUAUUUGUACACACUGGUCUAUCAAACUUUGGAUCUAAUAGCAAGUAAAAAGCGUCUGCAACAGGUAUCAACAGAUGAUUCAGUUGAACAAGAGAAAAAGGGUACCAAGGGCCACACUAAAGAGUAUCGCUCUUGGGAUGACAUAAAAGUAUCAAAGAAUAUUGAUUUGAAGGAAGAUGAUGAUAGUGAUGAAAGAAAGAGUUCUCUGAUUGUGCCAAGGAUUCCUUUAGCCCUAAUACCUCUCCCAGAGGAAGAAAGGGGAGAUGUGCUUCUAAGUCACAAUGGUGAAGCCAUUGGAAGAAAGAAUGACUUUAAGAUGAACACAUGUGUUGUCCAUGGUCCAACUGGUACAUUGCUUCUAGACUGGACGCAUCUUUCACUGAUAGAUGACUCUUUUAAAGGACUGAAGCCUGCCACUCCAUCAGUUAUGACAGCAGGUAUGGAACCUAGAACUGAUGAGCAAUCAACUAACUAUGGUAUUGAUGCAGCUGAAAAUUAUGAAGAAUUAGGACUUCCUGAUGCUGAUGAUAAUUUUGAUCCACCUGAACUGAUGGAUGAUGAUGCACUUGAUAGCUGUAACAAUGCUCCAAAUAAUUGCAAUGAAUUUGUUACUGAGGAGACCCAGAAUGAUCAGGAAGAAAGAAGAGAAUUAAGAGCAAGACCUGAAACACAGCAAGUCAAACAAGCACAGCAACUGCCUUUCAAAGAUCCCUGGAAAAUGUUGGAUCCUCACGACCCAGGCACUUCACAAGAUAAACCAUUUAAGAAAGGUAAACCCUUCAAGAAGCCCUCCUCUUUGGUAUCACACCAGCAGAAGAAGAAAAGAAAACAUAAAGAAGAUAAAAAACAACCAACCCUUGUUCCCAUCAAUCAGUUUAUAUCCCAAGCUUUUUAUUCACAUGCAUCAAAGAUGUCCAAAAAUAGUCUCAAAAUUCCAUCAUUUCCAGAGUUUGAAUACUUGUAUUGGGUUGAAUACAGAGAAAAACAAAAACUUCAGGCCAAGCUGAAGAAGGUUUUGUAUCAGGUUGCAACAAAGGAGGAAAUUGAGGAAUUAAACUCAAUAGUAGAAAAUGCAGAAGAGAAUGAAGAUGGGCAAAUAUAUGGUGAUGAUGGUAAUGAAGCUGGAUGUGAUGCACCAGCUGAAUAUGAUGAUGAUGAUGAUGAUGAUGAUUUUGGAGGAGGAGUAGAUGAAGGGUUGGACUUUGGCAGUGCUGAAGUUCUGGAGCCGAUUGCAUUGGAGGAACCUGCAGAUGGUGUAGUUAUUUCAAGCUAUGAAGAAAUGGUUAGGAAAUAUGUGGACAGUUACCUUUUGGAGGCACGUCAACAGUAUGCCCAGGAAACAGAGUUGAGUAGAAGAGUCAGAGAAUGGGAAGAGAGAAUUAUGCCAGUAUUAUCAGAAGAGGAGACACAUAGGCCAUUCGAUAUUCACAAGUAUGGAAAAGAAAUUCUUGACUCAUUUAAAGGCAAUACUAUUCAAGAUUUUAGAGAGCUAGCCCAUGAAAAGGAACCAUUUGAAAUAUGUAGAUUUUUUCUAGCAACAUUGCAGCUGGCAAACAACUAUAAUGUAGAGAUCACAGCUGACGGAGUUGGAGAAAGAGCAGUUGACACCAUGAGACUUACACUUCUAAAAAGAACACCUGGAAAUGUGGCCAUAGCUACUUUUGGGGGACGAGCAUCUACGUGAUACAUAAUUAUAGUUUUAAAUUAAUUCUUAUUUUGUAGCUCUAGUUGAAGUUUAGAGGUGAUUAUGGAAAACCAGCAUGGCUUUGAAAUGCUGUUUUCACUAAUGAACAUAGAACUUGUGUUGUAGAUCUGUCUUUAUUUGGAAUUUAUACUUUUAAACAUGUUUGAAACUAGUAAAUUAGAAAUUCAUACAUAAGUGUUGUUUUUAAAAACUGUUGCUUUGCUCAUUAGUUUUAAUUUGUUUUAGAAGCUUUUAAUGUUAUGUGAAAAUAGUAAGAUCCCCUCACCUUCUAAGUAUGCAUAAUUAUAAUAACUUAUGAACAAAGAGAAUGGUGGGUUAUAGGACUUAACUUACAUCAGAAGGCUUUGUCUUUGUGUUUGUCAGACUAUGAGCUGUCCCUCUUUCUUGGCAAAGUUAGUCCUCCAAGUUAAAAAAAAAAAUGGUGGAAAAAUUGAUGCAGGCACCCUGUGCAGAACUUUAGGAGCAAGGCACACAAAAAGUACACCAAUCAUUUUCUACCUUUGUUGGAGCAACACAGAUGUCGAACUCUCUGGUCUAGUCUGUAGUCCCUACUUUUUGUUGUGCAUCUCAAUCCCAGAGUUCCAUGCAUCUUGCUAACAUCAAUCAAUCAAGGGUCUUUGCUGAAAAGGAGGGACUGCUUGUGGUUGGUUGAUUUUGAGAGGAGAGUUAAACCUGUCAGUAAUCCUUUCAUAAUUCAUAUUGUGUAUAUGUGUACAUUGUCUCAAAAUUUGAUGAGUAGGGUCCACAACAGCAAAAAGUUGUAUCAUCUAGCCCACACUCAUACCAUCCCAACGAAAGAAUGAAUAAACUUACUGUUUAUACCACUGGAA